AUGGGGAACACCAAAAGCAGCACGUUGUCCAAGGAACUCCUGGAGGAGCUGAAAUCCAACACCAAGUAUUCAGAAGCUGAGCUGUGCACCUGGUAUCAGUCCUUCCUUCGGGAAUGUCCUGGCGGGAAGAUCAGCAAGGAGCAGUUUGAAGGCAUCUACGCUAGCUUCUUCCCGGAUGCCGACUCUACCGCCUACGCCCGCCACGUCUUCCGUAGCUUUGACACAAACGCAGAUGGUACUCUGGAUUUUAAGGAGUACAUUGUGGCGCUUCACCUGACCUCGGGUGGGAAGACCCGCCAGAAGCUGGAGUGGGCUUUCGCACUCUAUGACGUGGAUGGCAAUGGGACCAUCAGCAAGAAUGAAAUCCUGGAGAUCGUCAAGUCCAUCUUCAACAUGAUCCCAGCUGAUGACCAAGAAAAUCUUGCCGAAGACGAGAACACCCCGGAAAAGAGAGCGGAGAAGGUCUGGUGCUUCUUUGGGAAGAAGGACAAUGACAAAAUCUCAGAGGGCGAGUUCAUCCAGGGCGUGAUGGACAAUAAAGACAUCUUGCGUCUCAUCCAAUAUGACGAACCUCAGAAGAUUAAAGACAAGCUGAAGGAGAAGAAACACUAA